AUUUCCUGUGGCCAAGAAUGAGUGAAGGCAUUCUGGAUUCCAAAUUUGGUCAUUUUCCACCAGUGUAACCAAAACAUUGUGAUGAGGUAUCUUUAAACAACACAGAGUCAACGCAGCCUCUGCCAAGAACCACAUUAAAAACACUCGUGGGGCCUCUGCUUAUUUAUCGUAAGAGAAGCAGGAACCCGAGUGCCCUUUUCUUCUACUCACAAUGGCUAAAGGAAGUGCAUUCAUGAGAAGACUAUGCAUCGUUCUUAAUAUUCUCCUCGGGUUCUUAGGAGUGGUCUUGCUUCUGGUCGGGAUAGUGGCGAGCUCUUUUAAGAUUGAACCCCUGAUAAGUGGUUAUUACUGGCAAGAUGAGACUCAGAGUGUGCUCUUCAGCAUCGGAUUUGGAUUGGCUACCAUCCUGCUCUCCAUCCUGGGAGUGUAUGGGGCAUACCAGGAACAUGUCUUGGCUCUGCUUUUGUACACCAUUUUCAUGACUAUUGAAUUCAUCACUCUCUUGGCCCUGACAAUCGUAGCCAUCCUCACACAGCCACAGGUGGAGAAGAAAAUUGAAGAUAGUUUUGGAAACAUGACCUCACUUUAUAAUACGGAUGAAGUCUUCCAUCGCGAGCUCAACAAACUACAACAGGAGGCUAAGUGCUGUGGUCUGAUUGAUUACACCGACUGGAAAUAUCAGAUACCUUCUUCAUGUGAAUGUCCUCAGAACUACUCAGACAAAGAAGCCAGAUGUGUAAAUGUCAAUGUGCAAAAUUAUCGGAGCAGUGAGUUGAACAAAAAAGCAGAAGAUGACCGGAAGACAGCUCAGAGUCCACUGCGCUACGUUUAUAAGACGAAUUGUGGCCUGAUCUUAAUGAGACAUGUGAAGAAUGCCUUAAGGAUCAUGCUUGGAAUAGUCUUUACUUUAGCAACUGUUAUGCUGGCUGCUGUGAUCGUGGCCUUGCUCCUGUGGAAUAAAAUCAACAAGCGCUCGUCAAUCGCGGGCAUCUCAAAUGACGAAGACAGAACAAAGUAUGAACUCCAGCCACACAAAAAAGCCUGAAACACCUCAAAAAGAUGUCUUUCCUCAGCGUCUGUGCUUCCUGUAAUGUAUAUCACGGAUCAUCCGCAGGUUUAUUCAUGUUGUUUUCGCUAGCAACAGAUGCCUCAUGCUGUAUGUACUGGUUUUAUAGUAGAUAUGUACCAAAAUAUAGCAAAUAUGUCUUUUACAUCUUUCAAAGCUGGAAAUCCUCAUAAUAGUGCAUAAUAGUGCCUGCAAAUCAGGCAGGAAGGAUAACGACAUGAUCUCUAGAAUACUGUGUAAUAAAUUAAAAUAGAUUUUAAAGGUUCAUUAGAAACAUUGAGACAAUAACUUCUAAUUGUUCCAGAUUAAUAGCAUGUCUUAUACAGAGGUAUUCAUGAGGUAAUCAGAGUUAAUUCUGUAAUCGGCAUCGUUGCUAGUCACAGACAUAAUCCUGAACGGUCGGGAUCAAAUAAUAGUCUUAUAAACAGAGGAGCUAAUGUUUCCUAGGCUCAUUAGACAUUAUGAACAAACCCAACCGACUUGGCUUAUCUAAUGUACGUAGCAAAGCCAUGUCAAGCUUGACACAGAUGGCUUUGAUGGAGGGCGUCAGUAUUAGCAUGAAAACCGCAGCCUUGUUACCUGGUCAAUUAGGGCCUUUUUACACCAGGUCACUUCAUGUGUUUUCUCUGAUCCGAUAGCUAUCUGAUUUGUUAAAACUGUUCCAUUUACAGUUUAGGCCACAUAAAUGCGUCUCGGCGAAUCGGAUAUCGAUCCGAUCUUUCUACUCCUGCCCAAAAUGCACAUAUAUUUUACUUCAUUUCUGGGGUAAUUGACAUGUAACACGCUUUGGUGUAUGCAGUUGCUACAAAAAACAGCAUUUACUGUUUGCUGCAUUUUUGCUGGCGGCAGCAGUGCAUUUUAAGACCAAACGAGACACCUGGGUGAAAGAUCGGAGCACUGAUGGGAAAACAUAUGUUUCUGGCACGAUGCAGGACUCGCGAGUCACUUGCAAGUGACGUACUUCGGUUUGGGAGGAGUAUAGCGCUGACGUAUGUGGCUUGAACAACCACAUUCAUUUACACCUGUCCAGUUUCAUCUGAAACGCGUCCCAGACCACCUCCUGAAGGGGUUUGAACAAUCGGAUUUAUAUUUUAGACCUGGUCUUUUUACCAUUGGAUAGCUAUCGGAUCACAGAAAACGCAUGAAGUGACCAGGUGUAAAAACCCCCUUAGAGGCAAAUUAAACAGGUGAGGUAAACUGUCAAAUGGCAUUGUGGUUGAUCUAGACAACCAGUUUUAAUCGUCAGUUUUGGAAUUUAAUACUAAAAUAAAUCAGAUCAGAAGUAAUAUUAAUGCAUCGUAUCCUCAGUCUGAUUAUUAAUAGGGUCUUAUUUAUAGAACAAGAGCCACAUCAUUUAAUUCAUUAAUUCAUUACAGAAGAUCCUAUUUUAGACAAUACAAAUAAAAUAAAGCUCAUUUAAAAACACACCCAAAAAUAUCAUGCAUUUAUACAACAGGAGAAAAUCCUUUUUUUACUUAAAACGAUUAUUUUAGCAAAAUUAUAAAAUAAAUCCUAUGAUUUAUUGGUCAAUGUAACCGAUUCGUUGGCUUAAAGGUUUUGCUAAAUAUUCUAUUGAUAUUCUCUAAAAUAUCAUUUGAAGCUCGUCAACUGUCUAAGUAUUAACAAUUAAAUUAAAUAAUGAAGAAGAGGUAUAUAGUACAUUAUUUAUUUAUUUAUUUUAGACUACAGAUUCGGUCGCAUGGAAUAUUUAAAACAUUUUGAAGAAAUAAUUCUAAUCGAAUUCUUUCAUUACAAGUUUGCAUCCUUUCUUUAUCCCAUUCUGUGUCACAAUUCCAAAGUAUUUGUUUAGAAAUCAUGGAAAAUGUGCUCCUUAACUAGCAAAUAACAUGAACCAAGGUCCAUUUUGGAUACUUUGGCCAUAUAUGGAAACAGUUCAGAUGGAAGGAAUGUUGUCUGUGGGAUCAGCUGGACAGGAAAGUGAAGUGUGACAUUAUGAGGGUUAAACAUUUACUUUAAACAGAACAGACUGUAAAGUAGUAAUCACCUUCAUGAUUGCUGUCUGCUACUCUUCACUAUUUAACUGCUAUUCAGAAAAAUAUACAGCUGCUCUCGCUCUAUAAUUAAAUGUUUUACUCACUGACUUUUGAGGGAAAACAUUAUUGAUGUUAAAUUUGACAUACACAGUCUACAUAUAUACCGCAGAGUAAAAGAUCUGCACCGAAGGGCACAUCAUUGUACAAACUACUGUACUGUAUCUAUCGAUGUUUUUCUUUUUUUUAUUCAAAUAUAGAGCAUAUGAUAUGAAGUUGCUUUAAGUGUAUAAAAAGCAAACCCAUGUGA